AUGAUUGCAGCAAUGCCACAAGGUCUACAGGAGAAAGUGCUAGACACUGUUUUGGUUUCCAGAGGAGUGGAAACUCUUCACGGGUUUCUAAGACUCUACAUCUAUAGGUAUGGCCUAAACCUUGGUCCACUAUUAGGAAUACCCUACCAUCCGACAUAUCCUUUCCUCACAACCCUUGAGAUGAAUCCAACUCACUACGAAAAUUUUUCGAAAGAAGCCUAUCUCCUAUUUUGGUAUUUGUCGGAUCUUUACACCAUUGGAGUAUUAUUUAACAAGUGUCGCAUGUUCCAGUAUUUGGCAAAUUGUAUCAUCACAAGGAAGAAACCGCACUACAAGCAACUUUACAAGUGGUUCACUCUGUUCAGAGAUGUGACGUGGUGGCAGGAGAAUAUUCGAGCUCAGCAUGGAUUUGAAGUCUUUGCCACGUUCAAGAUAAUCACUAGCCAAGCCCAGACAGAAGACGGAGUAAUUAUCCAGAAGACUUAUGAGGCUCAUAUCCAGACAAGCUACAAUGACAACACAAUUAAUAGAGACAAUUUUCAUGCAAGGAUAUGUGGUCUAGCAGCACUCAAUUACCUCGAAGAAUCUAAACUGGACCCUAGUUUUUUCUGUCCCUGUACAUCAAGAUGGCACAACACGAAUAUCUAUCCGAAAGAUUUUGUCGAAGAGAUAAGACAAAUCCUACUCGGCUUCCAUGAUCAAUACGCGGGCCAAGAUCUCAUCCGAUAUAUCGAGUAG